AUGUCGAAAUUGGCUUUGUUGGUUGCCCUUUUUGUUUGGGUUAUGUCCCUUCCCAGCCCUUCCCGAGCUAUCUCCUCAUGCAAUGGUCCAUGUCAAACCCUAAACGAUUGCAAAGGGCGGUUGAUAUGUAUUAACGGCCAAUGCACCGACGAUCCCGACAUUGGAACGCACGUUUGUUCGAGCGGCGGUGGGGGCGGAGGAGGAAAGUUCCCGCCAUCUUCAAGCAACGGUUGCGAGGCAAUUGGGAACUUGCAUUGCAAGGGAAAAUCAUUCCCCCAAUUCAAGUGUUCACCUCGAGUGACUUCCUCGACUCGAGCCAUCCUAACGAACAACGACUUUAGCCGAGGUGGCGACGGUGGGGGACCGUCGGAGUGUGAUGGUAAGUUCCAUCAUAAUUCUCAGCGAAUUGUGGCGUUGUCCACAGGUUGGUAUAAUGGAGGGUCGAGAUGUGGGAAGAAUAUUAGAAUUAGGGCUAGAAAUGGAAGGUCGGUUUUGGCUAAGGUGGUCGACGAGUGUGAUUCUAUUAAUGGAUGUGACAAGGUGCAUGCUCAUCAGCCGCCGUGUCGGAACAAUAUUGUCGAUGGCUCAAACGGAGUUUGGCAUGCUUUGGGACUCGACAUAGAUGUUGGGGAAGAACCUGUCGUCUGGUCGGAUGCUUAA